AGAAUUAUUUAAACUCUUUUGAAAAUAUAGAGAUGUAAAUUUUUUUUUUCUUCUGAAAACAAUUGUGGGGGAAAGGUGUGAGAAGGUUAUAUAUAGGUGGGUGAGCUUUGGUAGGCUUUUGACAUAACUUGCAAGCAGUUGAGAUUUUCCAUCCUCAAUAACUUUAGUUUUCCAUCUCUCUAUACUCUUUAUUUCACAUCCCCAUAUAACAUAAUAUACAAUCACACAUAUCAUUUAGUAUUUAAUGGGGAGGCAGCCAUGCUGUGACAAGCUAGGGGUGAAGAAAGGGCCGUGGACGGCGGAGGAAGACAAGAAGCUCAUAAACUUCAUACUCACCAACGGCCAUUGUUGCUGGCGUGCUUUGCCGAAGCUGGCCGGUCUCCGCCGUUGUGGAAAGAGCUGCCGUCUCCGGUGGACUAACUAUCUCCGGCCUGACUUAAAGAGAGGCCUUCUAUCUCAUGAUGAAGAACAACUUGUAAUUGAUCUUCAUGCGCAUCUCGGAAAUAAGUGGUCUAAGAUAGCUUCAAGAUUACCUGGAAGAACAGAUAACGAAAUAAAAAACCAUUGGAAUACUCAUAUCAAGAAAAAACUUCUUAAGAUGGGAAUCGACCCUAUGACCCAUCAGCCUCUACCACAAGAACCUUCUAAUAUAGGUAAUUCCAAAACCAUUUCGUCGAAUCCAGCAGACGCUAUAUCAGUGGAACCAAAGACAACAAACACCAAAGACGUGGAGAUAAGUGGCACGACAACAGAAGAAGAAAGUAGUAGCACGGUUACUGAUCAAAACAGUUCGAUGGAUAGUGAAAAUCAUCUAAUUGACAACAUUUAUAAUGAUGAUGAAUUGUUUAGUUACUUAUGGUCCGACGAAACUACUAAAGCUGAGGCCUCGUGGAGUGAUAGUAACUUUGGCGUUGGUGGAACAUUAUAUGACAAUAAUAUUUCCGGCGCCGAUGCAGAUUUUCCGAUAUGGUCACCGGAAAGAAUCAACGACGAGAAGAUGUUUUUGGAUUAUUGUCAAGACUUUGGUGUUCAUGAUUUUGGGUUUUGACUGUUCACCAUUAUCAUAUUGGCAACUCUCUGGAAGAUGUCACAAGCAUGGAGGGCAUAUACAUAUAUGUGUACAUUAUAUAUAACAUAUAUACACGCAUACAAAUCAUAAACAUAUAGUAGAAGAUAAUACAUCCAUGUAAAGCAGUAAGUGUGCACCAUGGUUUUCAAGUAUUAUUAAUUAGGGUUUGGUAGGGUUUCGUCAAAGUCAAGAAUACAUAUUAAGUUUACUUUCUUUGUUUUGUAUAAAUUAUUCACAUGUUAACAAAGCCCGAGGAAAUAUAAUAUGUUUCAAUA